CCGGGAUAGAGAAAGCCCCCGGCCCCGGCCCCAUCUGCCUGAUGGAACAUGCUUCCUGCUGCGACUGCCGCAGCCGGAGCUCCCCGGGGCCGCUGGAUCACAUGAUAGAACGACGCUGGCUAGCGAGCUAACAUGUUAGCUUAUGUUGUUAAAGCCCUUGCCAGGAAUCGCACACGGACGCAGUAGCCCGACUAACAAGCAGUCCCAAAGUCCUGAAGUCCUUGUUCGGUGACCUGAGUUAAUUCCCAACACGGCUCCACCAAAGAUUAAUCAGAAGAGAAGUCUCGAGGCUAAAGAAGUGAAAACAUCUGGGUGAAUCUGCAAGGCAUUGUAGAAAGGGACUUGUCUUCUUUCGUACUUGCCCUCUUCGAGAUAUCAAGUCAUUAAACUUCUGCCCAACAAGUCACAGGGGUUUUGGCAUCCUUUUAAGAAUCAUCAGGCAAGCUAGUCCUUAGCAUCACCGCAGAGAUAUCAGCAGGCUGAGGUUGUGGACUCAAAUGGGCAAGAUGGAUAGGCGAUAAAUAAGACACCAGAUUCUGAGGUACAUGUUGAUUUCGUAAUGACAAGCUGCUGUGCAGAAGAUGUCCACGCUGUCUGUGACUGAUAUCCCAGAUGUUGGUCAUGAUGAGAGUAAGGUGUUUGAUGGGGCCUCUGAGCUGCAGCUGGACUGCAUGGUUGAGGAAAGCAGUGGAAGUACCACAAUGAAGCAUGAUGGCCUGCUGUCACUGACUGACCUCUCCCACCCAGAUGAUUUCCCCGUCCCCCCUCAUAAUGGCCCCUCGCUGGCUGAGAUGAGCAGCCCUCUGCCAGUAGAACCAAAUGACAUUAAGCUGGAUCCAGCUGCAGGUGACACAUCUGCAAGCACAGAUGGUCAGCCAGUGAAAAGAAAGAAGGGGCCUGCUCCAAAGAUGCUGGGCAACGAGGUGUGCAGUGUCUGUGGCGACAAAGCCUCUGGUUUCCACUACAACGUGUUGAGCUGUGAGGGCUGCAAGGGCUUUUUUCGGCGCAGCGUCAUUAAAAGUGCCCAGUACUCCUGCAAGAACAAUGGCCGCUGCGAAAUGGACAUGUACAUGCGCCGCAAGUGCCAGCAGUGCCGCCUGCGCAAGUGUCGGGAGGCGGGGAUGCUGGAGCAGUGUGUGCUUUCUGAGGAGCAAAUUAGACUGAAAAAGCUGAAGAAGCAGCAGGAGGAGGAAACGGCCCGCACGUCCACAGUGGUCACACCCACCCCUCCGCAGGAAGCAGCCACACUGGAUCCACAGCAGCAGGAGAUGAUUCAGAAGCUGGUGGCUAUGCAGAAGCAAUGCAACAAGAGGUCUUUCCUUGACCGACCAAAAGUGACGCCAUGGCCACAGAGUCAGGAUUUGCAGAAUCGAGAAGUGCGGCAGCAGCGGUUUGCUCACUUCACUGAGCUGGCAAUCAUGUCAGUCCAAGAGAUUGUGGAUUUUGCUAAGCAGCUUCCUGGUUUCCUUGAGCUCACAAGAGAAGACCAGAUUGCUCUACUGAAGACAUCUACUAUUGAGAUUAUGCUGCUUGAGACGUCUCGGCGAUACAACCCUGCCAUCGAAAGCAUUACAUUUCUGAAGGACUUCAGUUAUAAUAAGGAGGAUUUCGCCAAAGCAGGGCUUCAGUUUGAGUUCAUCAACCCCAUCUUUGAGUUUUCAAAAGGAAUGAAUGACCUGCACCUGGACGAGGCCGAAUAUGCUCUGCUUAUUGCUAUCAACAUCUUUUCUGCAGAUCGGCCAAAUGUGCAGGAUCAUGAACUGGUGGAGCGGCUGCAACAGCCCUAUGUGGAUGCACUGCGCUCUUAUAUCAUGAUUAAGAGACCAAAUGAUCACUUGAUGUUCCCCCGCAUGCUGAUGAAGCUGGUGAGCCUUCGUACACUAAGCAGUGUCCACUCGGAGCAGGUUUUUGCCCUUCGCCUCCAGGACAAGAAGCUUCCCCCGCUACUAUCUGAAAUCUGGGACGUCAAUGAGUGACUGCGAACCUGAUGUCACACUCCGUGGCUUUGUUAAGCCUGAGACAGACAUGGCAUCCAGCAAGAUCACUGACUCCUUUUUGACGAUCUUGUCAAGGACUGGUUGUUUUCUUUUUCAUGGGGAAGGGAGAGCAACGCUGCCCUUUGCUCUCAGACUGCUAUAUGGCUUUGUGUUCCUAAGAGGAACAUGAACGCCUAGUUUUCUUUGAACCUUGCUUUUUUUGUUUGUUUGUUUUGUUUUUCUUCUUCCAUGUAGAUACUGACGUGAUUGUGGUUAAAUACCAGCAUUCGGCUCUUUAGCCAGUUUUCUUUGAUUUAAUAUUUGUUGAACGUUUUGUCAAUCUCUAGUGCGGUUUUUAUCCUUUUCCUCUAACAAUAAUAAUCAACAGGAACUGAGCAGGUCUUGGCUGUGGCUGUUUCAAUGUCAGGAUUACAGUCACACAUUCAGUUAAAAUGGUGAUAUUUGCAUUUGUGCAAUAGAACGGGGAAAGGAUGGGCAUAAUUGGACCCACGACAGCUUUUCACUUUAUUGACAUUAGAUUAAAAUAUAGGCCACUUGGUUGAUACGUGAUAUGCAUUUUAAUAUGGCAACAAAUAGAUUUUUGUUCCCUUUGGAGUAAGUACAAAAGUUAAAGGCUGGUGUAGUUGCUCAGGUAAAGUAAUGUGAAGUAGACCUCUGAGUACUGGAGGCUUCUUUAAUAUCUAUUAGUUUAAUAGAUUUACUUUAGUUUUUCCAGAUGAAUAAGGGACCUUUUUGGUCGUUUAUAGAAGCCCAUUACAGUUCGUGUAAAUUGUAUAUUUAUUUACAUUAAAAAUAAAAAAUGCAAAGCUUAUCCUCAAGAUUGUACAAUCACAUGCUAACGCACAAGAAAGUACAACUCUGCAGGUGACUAGUAGGCUGGGCCCUUCACAGGAAAUGGUGUGUUUUGUUUUGUUUUAUCACUCAGUGCAAUGGUACCCUGAAAUACAGGCGGUAUUGUCUUUAAAAUGCAAGGAAAGAUGAAAUUUCAGUUUGGCAAAGUCAAUCUACCAUGUCUCUGAGCCUUUUUUUGUUUCCCCCAAAGAGAAAACCCCUUUUCUGUCAAAGUUGCAUUCACAAAAAAAUGAAAGUAUUGGCUUGAUUAACACCAUCUUUGUAACUGUGUAAGUGAAAUGUACUUUUGUGAUUUCGCUCUAGCAUUUAAAAGCGUGACAAAUGUUUGAGCAGAAAAGGAGAUGUUUUGUGACAUUUUAUUUUUGAUAAUCUACUACGUAACUAAUACGGAGGACAAUAAAUGUCAAGCUGAAUUUCUAGUUAGAAAGCUAACUUGAUCUAAAGGUCUAUAAUAGUGUGGGUAUCUUCCUUGAAUGGGUACUCAACAUCAACAGCUUUAACCGGUCAGAUUUUGGGAAACCUCACUAAAAACAUGUACCAAAAUCUUUAUUAACAGGGAGCAGGAAUCAACAGGAGAGAACUACUUUACUACAGAGAUCUAAGUGUUUUUCUUACUGCUGUGUUUCCCAUGCCUUGUCCUGUGCGGUGUAACAUUGAAAUGCUGCAUAAUGGAUGAUAAAGGACUGCCAAUGGAAAUCCAUAAUUGUGAAGUCUGUUUUCUCUUCCUAUGUUGAGUGAAGACGGCUGAAAAUUGGGACAGUUUAAUGGCUUUGCAGUCUGUUUUACAGUAAUUUAAUUACCUCUCUAGCCAUUACAAGAUGUCAAGGUUAGAUUUCUCAAUAACUGUAGAUGUAAAAUGCAGUUUGCUCUGCCCUAACAAACAACUUCUACUAUUUCAGCCGGGAGAUCCUCCAGAAUCAUGUUUUUUAGCAUGUUUUUAGGGGGCCUUUUAGCUAAUAAAUUCCAUCAGAUGGCUAACAUGCUGGUUAAAUAGGAUAUUAUCUACACCUGCUACACAAAUGUCACACAGGCACAAGUAGUCUCUUCAAAAUUCACUUUAUUGCACAUUAGAUAAGUUUGUCCAAAAGCACUUGCUGAUGGACUUCAUGUUUAAUUAUUUGAAUUUAUGGUUGUUAAGCUUGGAUUGUGUAACCAAACUGACCCCCCCUCCCCUUUUUUUUUUUUUUUACUUUAUCACCAUAUUGACCAACAUGUCUGUAUUGUAUAAUAUUAGCUUAAACUGAUUAUCUCUCCCAUGUUCAGCUCAUGCUUUUAAUAAAAUUGGCUUUGUUUAUUAAAGUUUUCCUGUGAACCACCAUGCACAGCA